AUGUUAACUAUUCUCGUUAUUGUUCGCAGAAUUAUCAAGUACUUCAAACUAGAUCAGCUACUCAAAAAAAAAGAUGACUACCCACUUAUGUUCAUUCACCAGCUGAGGAUACCUAAAGAAGAUUACAAGCCUAAACUGAAAUUGAGCGAAUCUACGGAAUUACUCAUUUCCGCACUGGCAUCAUUAUUAUGUAUGCUAUUAUGCUUCUCCGUACCAUAUGUAGUUUUAAUAUCACCUUGUGAGCCUCUCAAAGAUGAAGGUUACUUAACUCUGUAUAAUUUUGCUAAAAGCUUAGAAAAAUAUACUUUUAUGAUGGAUAGGAUAAUUAUAAUAGUGUCAAUACUUUUAUUUAUUGUUUUGGUGGUAGCUAUCACUGAGGCCUUUAAUAGAAUUGAUUUUAAUGAAAGCCCAUGGGUAGCGAUGGGUAUAUACACUCCACCUAAAAAGAAAGAAAAGAAAAAGAUCCAAGAGCGCUACGUAUGGCACUUCGCGCACUUUAGAGCAAACGUUUAA